UGCCAGCUCCAUAGGUUGCUCCAGGCAGCGCCCACCACGGUACACUGUUGCCCACCAGGGCUUGGGAAGGACUGACUUGGAGGUUUUUUUGCUCUAUCCCCAAAUCCAAAGCAGUUUUCCAGGUUCGGCUCUCAUUGCUGCAUCCCUGAGGCUCAGCAUCCCUCCCGCCAGGAUGGGGACCGUGGUGCUCGCACUGUCCCUGUUUACCAUCACUCUCCUGUGCCCGGCCACCGCCACACUGCGCAUCGGUGCCUUCAACAUCCAGUCGUUUGGUGACACCAAGAUGGCCAACGAGAGAGUGGCGGGCAUCAUCGUCAACAUCCUGAGCCGCUACGACCUUGUGCUGGUGCAGGAGGUGCGUGACUCCGACCUCAGCGCCGUCACCGAGCUCAUGGAGCAGCUCAACAGCGCGUCCUCGUCCUCGUAUGACUACGAGAUCAGUGGCCCCCUGGGACGGGACAACUACAAGGAGAUGUACCUCUUCAUCUACAGGACAGACACCGUGUCCGUUGUGGACACCUACCAAUAUAAGGACCCCCAGGACGUCUUCAGCCGGGAGCCAUUCAUCCUGAGGGUCUCAGUGCCCCGCACCAGUAAGCAGGAGGGAUGGGUGGCCCCAGGCGGUGGCAUGGGGUGGCCAUGGGGCUGAUGUCUCUCUUCCUUGGCAGAAGUGGAGGAGUUUGUGCUGGUGCCGCUGCACUCUGCCCCGCACGAUGCCGUCGCCGAGAUCGACGCGCUCUACGACGUCUACCUGGCCAUCAUCAACAAGUGGGGGACUGAUAACAUCAUGUUUUUGGGGGACUUCAAUGCCGACUGCAGCUACGUCCAGCCAAACGACUGGUCCUCCAUCCGCCUGCGCACCAGCGACGUCUUCAAGUGGCUGAUCCCCGACGGCACCGACACCACCGUGGGGAGGUCAGACUGUGCCUACGACAGGAUCGUGGUGUGCGGUACCAAGCUGAAGAAGAGCAUCGUGCCAAAUUCGGCUGGCGUCUACAAUUUCCAGCGAGCUUUCCAGCUGGAGGAGGAGGAGGCCCUGGCAGUCAGCGACCACUACCCGGUGGAGGUGAAGCUGACGGCUUGAGCUCCUCCUGCGGCCACAGACCACGAUCCAGAUCCAGCUCCCACCACCAACCCCCAUGAAGGUCCUCCCCGCAGCCCCAUCCAUGAGCUCCAUGCGUGGGCUGCUCCGGGUCCUGGUCUGGAGAAGGGUCACCAGCUGUCCCCAGACCCCCCCUCAGCCCACCACGAACCGCAGCCCAUGGACAGGCCACCAGCCAGGAAGCGGUGACCGCAGACAAGCUGAGGAACGAAGCAUCCAUCUCCUA